AGGGAGCUGGGGGGCAAGUGGCUCUGAUUGUCUCCUCUUGCCUUUUGGGCUCGUCUCCUCUCAGCUGUGAUCCCUGGCCGCUCGGCAACUCAGCCGCCCCUGGCCUGGGCAUGGACAGGAGGAAACAGUGCACGGAGUUUUAAAGAGAGAGCAAAGCUUUCCAAAGUCUCCUUGGUUCCGGCAGAUAGUUAAGGUGUCCCAUUGGGAAGAUUACAAAUAUUUCCUGGGGCAACAUGAGGACUUUGGGAUUUGCAAAGCUGACUUCCCUGCGCCCUUGCAUGGCUGAGAUUUUGAUUUUUGCCGCAUUAUUCUGCACUGUUGUCGAGAGCCGAACGAUGAUAGGAAAUCUGGAAAGUGUGCAAAAAUUUUCCUCUCUUCCAGUGUAUCUGCCAGUGAAUUACCGAAUACAUAAAGCUGGAAGUUCAUUUUUUCUAAAAGAAGCCAACCAGGAUAUCAUGCGUAACUCUAGUUUACAGUUCCGUGUGGAGCCGUUCUUUAUACAUGAAACCAAGACACCCCCUGUAGUUAAUGCCAGUUAUGGACCUUACACUGUGGAACAAGUUGUCCCCAGGGCUCUCCUGCAGCCUUCCGAUGCUUUCAGCAUGGUUGACAGAUUCACCUUCAACUGGAAAAUCAGAGCCAAUAUUAUUGACGAUAAAGUUUACUCCAAUCGGCCAAUUGUGCAGAUUUUAUUUUAUAUCACAGGUCGAGACUGGGAUGAUUACAGUGUGAAUGAAAAUCUGCCAUGUAUUCGGGUGUAUGCUUUUAGAGAGACUAGGGAAGUUAGAAACACUUGCCGCCUGAAGGGAGACCUUGGCUUAUGCAUUGUGGAGCUGGAACUUCUGCCAUCGUGGUUUAACCCUCCCACUGUGGUGCCUGGCCGUAAAAAGAUAGUUGAUCAAUCCGAGGGGAAUCCAGUGGAACUUUAUUAUAUGGUGCAGGGUACCGAUGAAGAUGGGGACUGCAAUGUAGAGGAAUCACGGAAGGGUAAUGCUAUCCGACCAGGCCGUGAUGACGUUGGUGAAAUGCCGCAUUCUCUCCAGCGCAUUGGCAGCAUCCGACUUCGCCAAGGGUCUGGGAACCCACAGCUUACAGAAAUGAGGCUGGACAACAACAUUGCCAUCUCCGUUUUACAAAGACCCGUAAAACAAGGCGAAGUUGUCACUUUUCAUGUGACUCUGGCUAGCAGCUCAACAGUGGACUUGUUCACACUGCGGGCGAAAGCAAAGAAGGGUGUGAAGAUUGUUAACAUCAGACCCAGCGUCCCGAACUUAUGGGAGGUUAAACAGGAGAUGGGAAAUGGUGGCAAACAUUCAAUCGCAACUAUUGUUUGCCGGAAGAGACCUGGCGCUUCGAGUGGCAGAGUUGAUGGUGCAUCUUAUGAGAUCAUGCAGAUGGACUUUGAAAUGGAUAACUUCAGCAGUUUGUCGGUGACUCGUCGAAUCAUGUGGCAAGUGGAAUACCCCGGCAGGACCUCCCAGAUAGACCAGGACAAAGCUGUGUCAGAGCUGCACGUCAGUCAGAGGGACAUUACAAAGAUUGUACCUCUUGCUAUGAACACUGAAAUUCUCAAUACUGCAAUUCUAACUGGCAAGACCCUGGCAGUACCUGUGAAAGUCAUUGUGGUGGAAGAGGACAGCACUGUGACGGAUGUGUCUGAGUUUGUGGCCUGUAAAUCAGCAGAUCAAAAUGUGUUGAAGGUUUCGGAACGAUGUGACUAUGUUUUAGUGAACGGCAAGGAGAUGCGAGGCAAAGUGAAUGCUAUUGUCAAUUUUACUUAUGAGCAUUUGAGUGCACCGCUGGAAAUUACUGUUUGGGUGCCUCGUCUUCCCCUUCAGAUUGAGGUCUCUGACACUGAACUCAGUCAAAUCAAAGGAUGGCGUGUCCCUAUCGUCUCAGAUAAAAGGCCAACGCGAGACAGUGAUGAUGAGGAUGACGAUGACAAAAAAGGGAGAGGAUGUACUCUUCAGUACCAACGUGCUACAGUGAGGGUCCUUACACAGUUCGUGGCAGAAACCUUGGACCCAGGUGGGCAGCUGGCCUACAUGUUAGGCAAUGACUGGCAGGUGGACAUCACAGAGCUGGUAACUGACUUCCUGAAAAUGGACAACCCACACAUUGCCAAGUUGGAGAACGGAAGGGUCCUGAGUGGGCAGGAACUUGGAAUGGCCACAAUUCAGGUACUAUCACCACUUUCUGAUUCAAUCCUGGCUGAAAAGACAAUAACGGUGAUUGAGGAGAAAGUGUCUGUUACGGACCUUGGAAUCCAAAUAGUAGCUGGACUUUCCCUCUCCUUCCAACUGAGUGCUGCCAGCAACCGUGUCAUCAUUGCAACAACAACCGCAAAAGAACAGCUUCGCACCUUGAAGCAGGAAGCGAUAAUCAGCAGUUGGAUCCAAUUCAGUGAUAACAGUCUGACUCCACUGGAUAUCUAUGACCCGAAGGACUUUACACUCACUGUUACCUCACAGGAAGGAGCCAUCAUCUCAACCUAUCAGGAUUUGCAGCUAUGGUGGCCAGUCAUCACUGCUGAGGGAGAGGGACAAGGGAACUUGGUGAAAGUUGAACUGGUAAUCUGUGAAGUUUGCCAGAAAUCAAAACGAAAAAGUAUCCUAGCAGUUGGAAGUAGCAGUGUCCAGGUAAAAUUUGGUCAGAACGAUGCAGACUCGAAGAGUGGCAGUACUGACAACGAUGCUGAUGGAGAAAUGGAGAACCACGCGAGUGACCGGAGGCAAAAGAAUGCAGAUCAAGACCGGGCAGGGCAGAACGGGCGCUACUUCAGCAGUGCUACUUCAGAUCGUGAAGAAAGCAUCAUUGGAAAGGUGAGCAGUACCACCAAAGCUUCCGUGAACAAGAAAGUGAAUGGAAUAGAUCAGUUUACAGAAGAUGACAGUCAGCUCCAGAACAUCCCCCUGGAUGCUGCCAACUUCCCCUCAAAUGACUUAACUCGGAAUGGUGUGGGUGGUGAGAGCAUAGAUGAAAAUGAUCUGGUCCAGGCUCCUAGAGGUCUGACUGACUUAGAGAUUGGGAUGUAUGCCUUACUUGGUGUUUUUUGCCUGGCUAUCCUUGUCUUCUUAAUUAACUGUGUCAUGUUUGCUUUGAAGUACCGGCAUAAGCGAAUUCCCACAGAAGCGCAAGGGAACAUGAAUCAUUCCCAUGACUGGGUCUGGUUAGCUAAUGAGACUGAGCUACUGGAGAAUUCUGCUGAUAUAUCCCCACAGCAACUCUGCGAACACACAACAGUCAUAGACAAGGCAGCAGGUUUUGAGGAGAGCAACCAUCUGCUUAACGGGGGAUCCCAGAAAAACGUCCAAGGCCAGAUACAUAGAUCAGCGCACUGCAGUGAUGGGAAGGACCGCAAAGAUGAACCUUUGAAUUCUCCCACCACAAAACGAAAACGAGUAAAGUUUACAACGUUCACUACAAUUCCUCCGGAUGAUGGAUGCCCUGCUACAAAUUCAAUCCUUUUAGGUAAUGAGGAAGAUAUUAAAUGGGUCUGUCAGGACAUGGGCUUAGGAGACUCGCACGAACUGAGAAACUACAUGGAGAGAAUACAUGAUAAUGUGUAACUAUGUUAUCCUAUCUGUUUUCAUUCUUUGCUCACCUUUAUGCCUUCAGUUUUGGGUGAUUGUGCAGGAAAUCCAGUCAGCAAUGGGACCAGUUUGUGGGAAUUAAGAACUGGCAGAAAAGCACAGAACUGCACAGGUACUGGACAAAUCAGCACAUGGCGACCUGUUAAGAUUAAUAUUCAUUGUAAUGCAAAAUUCAAAUGAAUUGGGGUGUCAUUUGGAUGGACAGUGGAAUAAGAGGCCAGCAGAGGAGAUGUCUAUGGACAUUUAUAUGGCGCGAGACUUUGAAUUGGAAAAUAGAAAGUCAAUGCAAAUAUGGAGGUGCAAGAGCACUGAUGGGACGGAAUAAAUGCCAGAUUAAUUCAGGAAGAGAUAUCACAACACAGGGAAGAAGCAAUGAACAGAGAGAGAAAGUGCACUCUAAACUGAAUAAACAUUAAUGAUGAGCACCCCUGAUUAGAGGCGCCUUUCUGAAUGGGGAGGUCUAUGGAAGCGGCUCUUCUGAUUGGAUGACAUUAUGGCAGUGGUCCAUGGGAGAUGGCCUUUAUCACCAGUGUCUUAAGGGCCAACUCCAAAUGUUAUCAUUUUGUAUGAUUUGUUAAUCUUGGACUUCAGUUGUAUUCUGAGUUCUUGGACCCUAUGUUCUGUGUAAAAUUUAUUUUAUAAUGUCUUGUUUAUAUUUAGGCUCUCAGUUUUUCAUUUUAUUAUUUAUGCUGUAGUAAUGAGCCGUACCUACCUUUAUAACAU